AUGAUGUUCUCACAACUUGCAAAGCAAUCAUCAAGGGUCUUGCCAGCAGUUUUGUGUACUGAUGUUGCACAUUGCAUCAUAAACCAAAGGUACAAUGUAAACGGUUUUGAGAAGGAACAAAAUCAUGGUGGUUGAAGGCGGGAUUGUUUCUCACUAUUGCAUUUCGUUUAAUUUGGUAAAUUGCAACUUUACUGAUUUUAUGUCGCUUUUCAGACGUAUUGUAUGUUGUGGUCUUUCUUUUUUCUCUUUGUAGAGUUUGGAAUAUGCAACAUAUAGCCUGUGAACAGGCUUUCUGUUUGGGGGAAGGGCAAAAAAGUUGGGAGGAGAGGGAAGGGAAAGGGGGAGAGCCUUAAGACAAACCUUUGAGGCCGCUAUUCCACCCUCUUGUCUAUUAAUUGCUGAUCUUCUGUCAGCAAGAUUGUCAAUUAAUGUAGUCUGUUUUGCAUGUAAAAAGGGGGUCAGGAGGCAACACUUGACUUUUACCUGGUGCCAAAAUGCUGCUUGUUCCAAUGAGUUCUUUCUCCGGUGGUAGAUUAUGUGCUGGAGCGUAAGCUGUGACUGAGCAAAAUUGUGGUUUUCCCUCCCAUUUAAAAGUGAGAGGUCAUGACAUGUAUACUGAUUGUCUGAGGUUAUUGUUGUCAUUGUUUCUGGUCAGUGGGAUUUGAGCUUGCAUCAGAAUCUGAUGCACAGUGGGUGCCGCAAAAUAGCAGCCUCAUAGGGUUCUCUACUGGCUCUUCCCCUUCCCCUCUCAUGAUUUUUAAACUUUCCCCAAACAGAGAGCCUGUACUGUGCACAGGCUAUGCAACAUAAUACAUGUAUUACAGCAACAUAUAGCUGAAACAAUCUCCGAAGAGUUAAGAUAUUGAGAAGUGUUUUGCUGCAAACCUAAGGAAAGUUAAGGCUGCUUUAAUGUAAAGAGCUUUCGGCAAUGGAUGUGAUUUGUUUAUUGGGCUCAUUUGAAUUUUGACUUUCAAUUAAGGUGUUUACUGAUUCCAAUAAACGAAGUGAAAUAGAGUACUAAAGUGUGACGUCACAAAAAUGACAUUUGUGAAAUUAUGGGAUUUGUCAGGAUAUUCUGAAAGAACAAUGUCCAAGAGGCCUACUUGCCAAAAAUGAGCAUUUCGGGGCAAAUUGUCUCUGAGAUCGUAGCCCAGUUAUGUUUAGACAACUCCAUACAAACCCUUCUAAAUUUUUUUGCGUCGACCCAAAAAAACAUUAAAAGGGUUUGUAUGGAGUUUUCCGAGUAUAACCGGCUAAGAGACAAUUUGCCCCGAAAUGCCCCCCAUAGAGGCCUUUGUCGGAGUGGGUGGUUCUUUAGUCUAUUGUGCUUUAAGCGCAAGUGUCUGCCUGCGCCUUCUCACAUGUGUAGUGUUCAUUUCAAGUGAUCUGUAAUGAAAUUUUUGAUUCUUUGAUUUGAUCAGAAUCUCUGAUUGCCUGAUCACAAAGACAGUGGCCAUAAAAAACAGUCCAAAGACAGUUAAGCUCAUUCAAAAGGUAUUACUAUUAAGGGAAGAAAUACACACUCCAGUCAAAAGACUCAUAUUAUCUUUAGAAAAACAAUAAGCUAAAGUCUACUAAGUCACAAUGCAAUUAUCUAUAGUUGAUGCACCUCAUUCUUAUAAUUGACUUUAAUUUGUCUCUACCCCCUGGUGUGCACCAAGUAUGAUUUCUAAGAGGAAUGUCAAACUGUGUUCCAUGCAAUUCUGUGUUUGUCCUUGUUUUCUUGAAAACAAUGUAUAAUGACACAACUAUUAGAAUUGGUUUUUGUGAUAUUUGGAAUAAUCAAGGUCUGAGUAAGUAAGUGGGUAAUUAAGGCAGCAGUGACAGUUAAAAGUAAUUAAGUGAUGAGGACUUCAUUGAUUCCUGAUUUUCCUUUCAGUACUAGGCAAACAUCUUAGGAGCACUAUGCAAUAUUGUGCAGGUUAGUGACACUGGGGUUGAGGGGUUUGUACCAGAAAAUAGAAGAAAAGUCAAUGUUACUGAGAAUUUGUAAUUACAUGUAACAACAAGUGCUGAAAAGAAAAUAGAAUACCUUAUUAUUUAUUUGAUAGAGUGCUCAACCUCAAGUAACUGCCCACCUCCAAUAACCCUCCACCUUAUAUGCAGAAAAAAAAAAUGAAUUAUCUCCUAACCUCGAAUAAGUGCCUACCCCAUACCAGCUAGAUUGAAAAAGACUAAGUUCUACUAAAUUAAGAGACCAAGUUUUGUUAGUACAGUAUUUUAAAGAAAUUUUCAAUGAAUAGUUAAAAAUCUGCUUUGGAACUCAAACAAAAUUACUCUAUCUCCAACAAAAUUACUUUUGGUGAAAACUUUGAGAAUUCAUUAAACACCCAGCCCAAAUACACGUAUUAAAGUGACCAACUUGAAUAAUAACCCACUCUCAAGGUGCAAAACUUUAGUGAGCACCCAGGCAAGGCACUUAAUCAAAUAAAUAUGGUAUUUUGUUUUGGGACCUCUUCAUUUGAGUGGUACAUGCAGUUGCGUUUUCCAGUAGGUGUAGUGCUUGAUUUAUAAACACACAAGCUGUUUUAUGAAAACUGCAUUGACAAAAUAGAUUUGCAAUUAUUGGGAAUCUAUUUUAUACCAAUACAGCAUUACAUUUCAUUUCACCUUUCAUUAAUUCGGCUUUGCUUUUUCAAAAACACUGUAUCCCAGCUCCAGGUUUUGUCCAAAUUACCUUCAGUUAAAAUUCUUUGUGCAUUUAAGAUAGACAAUAUUAUUUUGAACUACUGUGCAAAUUAACCUUUUAAAAAAAUAAUGUAUGAAAUAGCUGUACGUAUGAUCUGAAGAUAGUUUAUCUACAGUGUAUAUGUAAACUGCUUUUAAUAGAGCUUUUUACCGAUACAGCAGCCGUAUUGAAUUAAUUCGAUUUAAGGAGUAUUAUAGGAUGCCCUGGGGGCACGAGCACAUUUAGUUUGUAUUUUGGAGUGCUUUUCAGGACAUUUUUUCAUAAAGUUUUCUUAGAAUAAGAUUGUAAUGGGAAAAAAGAUUCUUGUGCCCUGUUUGGAUGUAAUAAUGAUCGCCUUUUUCUAGUUUAGCAUUAGAAAUAUGGUCUUUCACCGUAUAUUUCUCGGGAAAAAGGUGAUCAUGAUUACAUCCAAACACAGCACAAGGAUCUUUUUUCCCAUAAGAAUCUUAUUCUAAGAAAACUUUAAGAAAAAAUGUCCCGAAAAGCGCUCCAAAAUACAAGCGAAAUGUGCUCAUGUCCCCUGGGCAUCCUAUGAUACUCCUUAAAUUGAAUUAAUUCAAUAUGGCCACCGUAUUGGUAAAAAGGUGUAUUAGUACCCUUAUUUUAUUCGGCUGUUGAUAAUAAUAAUGUUAUUGAGGACAAUCACCUGUCUUUUUCCUUCAAUUCCCAAUUUAUUUUUGUGCAUGCUUCACAGCAGGUAUGUCAAUGCCAGAAAUUUCAAACCCAUUUAAUUUAUUGGGUGGCAACAAGCUACCUUAAACUUCAAGGACACUUUGGAGGAUUCUUGCUGAUCUCAGCAAGACUGUUCUUUGGAGUGCAGUGCCAACUCAAUCCCAGAAUUAUUUAUGUUUUUUCAGUUAAACCUCCAGGUCUUCAGAGUAGUACCCAGUGUUCCAAAACAAAAGGGGCAACUAUUACACCUUCAUCUUCCACAAGUAGUAUCUUCAUGCCAGAUGAAGAUACUAAGUCUUGUUGA